AUGUCUCGCGGAACAAUUGCUGGUCUUUUGAAGAGCAAAGGGCUCGUACCUCGAGAUUGCAUCCCUUCAGGAGAUUCCACUGCUCGCCCAACUACUGAAAGAUUGCUCUCAUUAAACCACAAUUCAAACUCAGACGGAAAACCAUUGAUCGCGCGUCCUACGACUGCUCUUCAACCAAACAACCCUUCUCCUUCCCUAUUUGACAAUCUCAAACCUGGUCCUAGCAAUCCAUCCAGCCUCGCUAUGCCACCUCAAAUCUAUGGACCAUUUGAUUGGCUCGCCAUGGAAAGCUGGGCAGCUCAAAGUUUCUUUGGUCCCAAUGCAGAUCAAAUCAACAUCAAAGAUGACACUUCACUAUGUGGAUCGAGCCAAUGGUGUACUUGGUCUCAAUACUUUCAAUGA